AUGUCUUCUGCUCCUCCUCCAAAGACGCCGGAAAAGGCCGCGCCUGCCCAACCGCGCAAGAAGAGGCCCGCAGACGCGGGCGCUGGAGGAGCCGAGCGGCAGCUCAUGAAGCCAAAGUUGUCCUUCGCGGAGGCGUUCAAGGUGACGCCAAGGCCAGACCAGCUCUGCGGCGUGACCGACGACGAGCUGCAGCGCAGCGCCGACCACCCGCCGGCGCUGCCCUUGCCCCGCCUCGAAGACCCGCGCGGGCUCGCCACGCCGAGUGCAGCGCUCGAGCUGCUUCAGCAGGCGGUGCAGCCCUCGCCGACCGUUGACGACUUCUCUGCCUUCAUCGACAUGCAGCGGCUCGCCUCGCAGCUCGAGCCGGGAGCACCCGAGGGCGGCGGCGCGGCCCUCGAUGUGUCCCAGCUCGAUUGGCUCAAGGCGCAGAGCGACCCGCUGCUGCUCCGCGGCGCGGCGGUGCCGCUCAACAAGCCGCUGCCAGACAUUUCCGCCAGCGUCGGAUUGGGUGGGCACACGCUCCGCGCUACGGUGGUGCGCACCAGCAGCCGAGGCAAGACCUCAAUCCAGCUCCGCUUCGAGGACGGGCCGGUGCCCGCCAAGAAGAAGGCGACACUGCCGCAGCUCCUCGGGAUGGUGGGCGAGAUCGGCCCCAAGCUCUCCUCCGCUCAGCGGCAGUCGCUGUGGGCCGACCACGACCCGUUCGCGAGCGCGGACGCGCAGGCCGCCUUCCUCUCCGCGAUCCUCGAGAAGCGGUUCGACGACGGGACGGCGCGGCAGCAGGCGGCGGCGGACACGCAGCGCGCGGACGGCAAGACGCACAAGGCGGGCGUCUACGUGGCGACGCUCAACGCGGCGUUGGCAACGCGGCACGGCUUGCCGCGGCACUACGUCGGCUUGUUUUGCCGCAAGGCGCUGAUGCUCGGCCGCAACGGUUGGGUCGAGCUGCCGAUCGAGGUCCUCUUCUCGCAGCGCCGCGACGAGCACCUCCAGGCCGCCGAGCGCACGCUGCAGGAGAUCUCCUUCCAGGUGGCGCUCCACAGGUUCGGCGCAGACAGCUUCGACUGGCGCAUCGUGCUCAAGGACGGCGACGUGCCGGCGAUCGUCGAGGCUGCGGGCGGCCCCUACCCCGAGACCUGGAACCUCACGCGCGGCGGCGAGGGCAGCGGCGCGGCGUGCGACUCGUCCGGCACCUUGCUCGCGUCGGCGGCGGGCUUCUCGUGGCUGCUUGUGCUUUGGAGCUGCUGCAUGGACAAGCCGGAGCUGCACCGGGAAGACGCCGUCUUCGCAGGCGUCAAGGUGGGCUCGCUGUGGCACAGCGUCCGCAGCAUGGGCAUCUUCGUCAAGGGCUACCCCGACCGCAUCCUCGCCCUGACCGAGCGCGGGUUCGUGUGGGACGUGCACGAGGCGGGCUCGUGGAACGGUGUGCCCGCCUUCGAGGGGUGGAGCCUUGUCAAACACAGCGGGCGUUUUGUCAGCCGCCGGCCCGCGCUCGCCACCGCCAUCAUCGAGAUGGGCGUCGAGCGCGGCGAAUGGUGCAAGUGGGUGGGGCUCGGCUUCUGA